AUGGCGUCUACAGAUGAUGUGCGCAGGAAUCGCAUCGUUUCGCACAUGAACAAGGAACACACCAGGGAAAUCUCCUAUUACCUCCGCCAUUACGUUCGCCUUUCUGCCUCGGCCGCUACGUCGCCAGUCCUUAAAGACAUUGAACUAAAUGGAAUGACUAUCAAGUCUGACGACGGAAAGGAACACUUUGUCCCCUUCACGCCUCCCCUCGCUAGCUGGGCCGAAGUGAAGGACCGCAUUAUCGAAAUGGCCAACACGGCUCGCGAGGCACUGGGCCUCAGCGACGUCAUCAUCACAGCCUACACACCACCGGAGGGCUUUGGAAUUAUCGUCACCGGCGCUGUUCUAUUCUACUUCUUUUGCGAGGCGUCGUUGCCAUGGAUCCAGCCCGGCUCGCGUGCUUGGGAACUGUUGAACGAAAACUUUCCUGGCGGAGCCAGCUUCUUCCACUGGCUGGUCAACACCAUCUUCUGGCCUGUUGUUGGCAUCCAUGUUGUCGAGUGCUUCUUCUUUGACAAGAAGCUACAGAGACAUGGUGUUGAGAGAUUCUCUAGUCAGUGGUGGCUCUGGCUCAUCAACUGCUUCUUUGAGGGAUUCCCUGCUUUCAAGCGUGUGGAUGGGAUCGUGGCCCGCAAGCAGGACAAGAACGGCAAGACACAGUGA